AUGGAUCGAUCGUCGGCCUCGCGGCCUGACCUAUACUUGAUUGCCGAUAACGAUAGCGUGUACGAGCAGGAUCUCCUACGGAACCCCGGCAGCAUCAAGCCAUGGCUUGCGUACAUCGAAUACAAACAGCAGAAUGGGACGCUUUAUGAGCAGGCUUUCGUUAUGGAGCGUGCUUGUAAACAGCUCCCAAGGUCUUACAAGCUGUGGAAGAUGUACUUGGAAUUCCGGACAAAGCAUCUCAAGAACCGCAAUGCGACAAAGUACCGGGCUGAGUUCCAGAAAGUCAACGCGCUCUUCGAGCGUGCCCUAAUCCUGCUCAACAAGAUGCCCCGGAUUUGGGAGAUAUACCUCUCUUUCAUGCUUCAACAGCCGCUUGUCACCCAGACCCGGAGGACGUUUGACCGAGCUCUACGAGCACUACCGGUAACUCAGCACAACCGGAUCUGGAGACUCUACAAGACUUUUGCGCGCUCUGCUUCUGGUCAGACUGCUGUCAAGAUCUGGGCCCGCUACAUGCAAAUCCACCCGGAGAAUGCCGAGGAGUACAUUGGCUUACUCGUGGAGAUGGGCCAAUAUACUGAUGCCGUGAAGCGAUAUAUGGAUGUUCUCGAUAACCCCCGAUUCCAAUCUCGAGAUGGAAAGAGCAACUUUCAGUUGUGGACUGAGAUGGUUGAUUUGCUGGUUUCAAAGGCGAAGAAAAUUGAAACUGGUCCUCAGUCUGGAAUUGAUGUGGAUGCGAUCCUUCGCAGCGGCAUUGAUCGAUUCGCUGACCAAAGAGGCAAACUGUGGGCUGGACUUGCAACGUACUGGAUCACCAAAGGCAACUUUGAGAAGGCGCGCGAUGUCUUCGAGGAGGGUAUCACGACAGUUAUGACGGUCCGUGAUUUCACUCUUAUCUUCGAUUCUUACGUCGAAUUCGAAGAAUCCAUCAUAGGCAACUUGAUGGAUGCUGCAGCUGUCCGAACAGAUAACGGAAAGGCUGACGAAGAGGCCGAUUUCGAUCUUGAUUUGCGGAUGCUCAGAUUCGAGCAACUCAUGGACCGGCGUCCGUUCCUUGUCAAUGACGUACUGCUCAGGCAGAACCCCAACAAUGUCAUCGAAUGGGAGAAGAGGGUGGCUCUUUGGGGCGAUAACAAUGUCGAGAUUGUCCAGACAUAUACUGCCGCGAUAGCCGCCAUCAACCCCAAGAAGGCUGUCGGCAAGUUCUCUGAGCUCUGGGUAAACUACGCUAAAUUCUACGAGCGUGGAGGAGAUCUAGAUUCUGCACGUGUCAUCUUUGAGAAGGCCGUGAAAGUUCCAUUCAAGUCAGUUGCCGAACUCGCCGAAACAUGGUGCGAAUGGGCAGAGAUGGAGCUGCGCAGUGAGAAUUUCGAUAAAGCUGUUGAGAUCAUGGCCAAAGCGACGCAAGCCCCGAAGAAAUCCACUGUCGACUACUUUGAUGAGACGUUGUCUCCUCAGCAACGCGUUCACAAGAGUUGGAAGUUAUGGAGUUUCUACGUCGAUUUGGUGGAGAGUGUCUCAUCAAUCGAGGAGACUAAAAAGGUAUAUGAAAGGAUCUUUGAGCUGCGCAUCGCCACUCCGCAGACCGUUGUCAACUAUGCCAAUCUUCUAGAGGAGCACAAGUACUUCGAAGAAUCGUUCAAGGUAUACGAGCGAGGCCUGGACCUCUUCACCUACCCGGUUGCUUUUGAACUUUGGAACUUGUAUUUGACCAAAGCUGUUGACCGGAAGAUUGGUAUUGAACGUCUGCGGGAUCUGUUCGAGCAGGCUCUUGACGGCUGCCCUCCGAAGUUCGCCAAACCCCUCUACCUUAUGUACGGUAACUUGGAGGAGGAGCGAGGUUUGGCCAGGCACGCAAUGCGUAUCUACGAGCGCGCAACUCGGGCAGUCUCCGACGAAGACCGGUUCGAGAUGUUCGAGUUCUACAUCACUAAGUCGGCCUCAAACUUCGGCUUACCCUCUACGCGCCCGAUUUACGAGCGUGGUAUCGCCGCUUUGCCCGAUCAAGAGGCCAAAGAGAUGUGCCUCAAGUUUGCCGAGAUGGAAAGAAGGCUCGGCGAAAUCGACCGUGCUCGUGCCAUUUACGGUCACGCAUCCCAGUUUUGUGAUCCCCGCACUAAUGCUCCAUUCUGGCAGAAAUGGGAAGCAUUUGAAGUCCAGCACGGAAACGAAGAUACCUUCAAGGAAAUGCUUCGUAUCAAGCGAAGUGUUCAAGCUCAAUACAACACGGACGUCAGCUUCAUCGCCUCUCAGGCUAUCGCCCGUGGCCAGCAACAGGCCCCUGAAGGCAACGAAGGCGCAGCUGAAGCAGGGGGAGAAAUGGACACCGAGACCGCGGAUGCCAUGGCUGCCUUGGAACGACAAGCACGUGCGCCUAUCGGCUUCGUCGCGGCCAGCACCGGGCCUGAAGGCGGCAAUCGCCCUCCCCCUGCGGGUCAAGCCCCUGUGGCUGCCGCGCCAGCGAACCCCGACGCCAUUGACCUCGACGAUGAAAUGGACGCUGACUAG